AUGUCUCAAACCCCUCAAAUUAAAUAUGCUAUCUUCGAUCUUGAUGGGACAUUGCUUGAUACUGAAACGAUAUACACUAUAGCUACUCAAAAAUACCUUGAUGAAUAUGCUAAUGGAGUUAAGUUUACUUAUGACGUUAAGAAACAAUUAAUGGGGAGACACAUUAAUGUGUCUACUCAAAUUUUACUUGAUACUUAUCAUAUAAAUGACACCCUUGAACAUGCAAUUCAGUAUAAAAUUGAAACGCUUAAUAAGUUAUGGCCAACAGUAAAACCAUUACCUGGUGCUAUGAGGAUUCUAAAUUACUUUAAAAAACACAAUAUUCCAAUUGCCCUUGCUACCUCAACAACAAAGGCAGUUUUUGAUAUUAAAAUGCAAGGAAAAAAAGAAAUGUUAGAUUAUUUUGAUGUUAUUGUUCUUGGAGAUGAUCCUCAUGUAAAGGAAGCUAAACCAAAUCCACAAAUUUUCCUUCAUGCUGGUCAUUUACUUGGAUGUACUGAUAUGAAACAAGCAAUUGUAUUUGAAGAUGCAGUACUUGGAGUUCAAGCAGGAAUAGCUUCUGGUGCAUAUACAGUAGCAAUCCCAGACCAUGAACAUCCAGAAGAUCCAUAUUUCCAAAAUGCACAUACAGUACUUAAGUCACUUAAUGAAUUUGACCCAAAAAUAUUUGGACUUCCAAACGAUUAUUAA